GUAUUUAAGCCCCUGCAGAGCCCCUUGAAACCUCUUCUGAGCUCCAAACCCCGAGGGCUGAGGACACGGGGUGGUUUCCUUACCUUUUCAGCAGGGGAUCACUUUCAGCUGACUGGUAGAGCCACUAUGACUGAAACAACAGGUUACUCAGGGAGUGGGUUUGUCCACGUUAAAAACCCACACUUGGACUCGAUGGAGGAGGACAUCCUGUACCACCUGGACUUGGGAACGAAGACGCACAACCUGCCAGCAAUGUUUGGGGAUAUAAAGUUCGUGGUCGUGGGCGGCAGCCCCAACAGGAUGAGGGCAUUCGCGCAGUUCAUGCAGCGGGAGCUGGGCCUGGGCGCCGGGGAGGAGCUGCCGGACAUCAGCGCGGGCUCGGACCGCUACGCCAUGUACCGCGCGGGGCCCGUGCUCUCCAUCAGCCAUGGGAUGGGCAUUCCUUCCAUUUCCAUCAUGCUUCAUGAGCUGAUCAAACUGCUGCACCAUGCAAAAUGCCGGGACGUUACCAUUAUCCGCAUCGGUACUUCUGGAGGCUUAGGGAUCGAGGCCGGGUCUGUUGUGAUCACGGACAGGGCCGUGGACUCCUCAUUCCGGCCACGCUUCGAGCAGGUGGUGCUGGGGGACGUGGUGGUGCGAAGCACCGAGCUGGACAAGGAGCUGGCAGAGGAACUCCUCGCCUGCAGCAGGGAGAUUGCAGACUUUCCCACGCUCAUCGGCCAUACCAUGUGCACCUAUGACUUCUACGAAGGUCAGGGGAGAUUAGACGGUGCACUGUGCUCCUUUUCCAGGGAAAAAAAGUUGGAGUACUUGAGCAGAGCUUAUGAUACCGGUGUAAGGAACAUUGAAAUGGAGUCCACAGCAUUCGCUGCCCUGUGUGGGCUGUGUGGCCUCAAAGCUGCAGUUGUCUGCGUGGCGCUCCUGGACCGGCUGGAGGGGGACCAGAUCCAGGCAUCCCACGAGGUGCUGUGGGAGUACCAGCAGCGGCCCCAGCGCCUGAUUGCCGCCUUCAUCCGCAAGCGCCUGGGGCUGGGCCCCGCACACUGAGCGCGGCUUGGGCAGCGGGGCAGGUCACACUGCGCUGGGAGCGGCUGGGCAGGACCUGCCCACAGCACGGCCCCUGCUCUGGCAAACCCCAAGAGACUCGGUCACUCCGCACUCCCACGGGAGAACACCUUCCACAGCCGAGGGGAGCGGCCGGACCCUACGGACACUGCUGUGCAGGAGCUGCGGGGACACUGCUGUGCAGGAGCUGCAGGCUCCAACUCGGCUGCAAUGGCUCUGACACGCAUGGCCAAGGACAGCUCCAACCUCCAGCAUGGCUGGAAUGACACACGUGCACACCCAAGGACAACUCCAACCUCCAACACAGCUAGAAUGACACACGUGCACACCCAAGGACUGCUCUGACCUCCAACACAACUAGAAUGGCUCUGACACACGUGCAUGUCCAGGGACAGCAGCUCCAGCCAAAAUUUGCUCAGAAAUAAGGCUGUGUUACUGAGCUGCAGGUUCCUCACUCCCAGCUCCACUCAUUGAAAGUGUCCUGUUAGGGUCACUCCUGUCCACAGUGAUCCUGUAGGAAGGAGAUCUCUUUGCUUUGGGCAUAAAGCCAAAGCCCAAGUAAAUGAUACCCCAAAUUAAUCGAUAUUUGUGACCAUUAUUGUUACUCACUGCUGUUACAGAGGCUGUUCAGACUUUCAUUCCUACAGUAUUUAAAGAUGUGACAAACUGGCAGGUGCCAGAAUUUAAGCAUGAGAACCCGUCUCUGGCUGAGCAGGAACAGCUUGACCUCUGUCACAGGGUGGGCAGGUUUGGGCACAGAGACCCUUGUGAGGGAGUGAGAUGAGGAGCACACAGUGCUGACAUGACCUGAUUUCACAUAACUGCAUCUUUUGCAUCCAGCAAGUCAUCUGCAAGUGUCUCCACAAGCUGGAGGAGUCUGAACUGCACCUGGGUGGAGUGGAGGGGUUGUUUGUAGAGGGUCCCUUAUAGCCUGAACAAUUCACACAAAAUCACUUUCAGUUCUUAAGGUUCACUAACAAGCUUGCUUCCAAAAUAAUUUUGACACCUUUGGAACAAUAACUUACAGGAUACUUACAGGGAGCUUGCAGGAUAACUUACAGAAGGUGUUGCAGGCCAGGCUGGAUGGGGUUUAGAGUGAGCCAGUCUAGUGGAAGGGUGGGUGGAACUGAAUGGGCUUUAAGGUCCUUUUCAACCCAAACCAUUUUGGGAUUCUCUGAUGAUUCUAUGAUAUCAUGAAAACUGAUGCCAUGAAAAAGCAAACUCCACUUUAUACAAGAAAAAGAGACUGGUUCCUGGUUUCCAUUCCAAGAGGGCUGGUUUUAGGCUCUGAUAUUAAGAUGACAGAGAAUAAAUCCCAGGACAUGAGCCAGUGUCUUCCCAGAAUGGAAACACAUUCCUCCAGUCACUUACCAUGCAAUCCAACCUACCAUUCCAACUCAGUUCUGCCAAGUUCAAAGUCCACUUCAGAAACUCCCAUAAUAACAGCAAUGUACCUUCAA